UGUGCUCUGCGCUCGAUUAGCUCGUCUGUGCAGAAGUGGACAGGAACACGGUGGACGGAGUCCGAGCGAGUGGGAUUUAAAAACACAACAUAAAACCGCGCACAAAACCUCCAUUUACAGCAACACAAACACCACAAACAACACAGCGACAGUACUGCUGGAGGAGAAGCGCGUUCGGAGGCUGUGUGGAACUUCUCGGGGCCGGACGGCGGAUCGGAAGAAUUGGUCUUCAGAGUUGAAGUGAAGGAAUCUGAAGGAAGAAGCAGCCUGUUGGAUUGGAUGUGCUCCUCACCACACAGUUUACUGGACAAGACCUAUCAUCUCCAAGCAACUGUUAAAGCCGUGCAGUCUUCACUUUGUGAUCUCCAUUCAUCAUUUUGGGACAUUUGGAUUUGUAUCGCCGAUUUGCUUGUGAAUCACUGAUGAACAGUGCACUCUGUUCAACAUUGUUUCUGUUGAAAAGCUCUGAAUUCCGGUGUCCGGUUGCUCACCUGUUAAAGCCUGUUCUGAAUUGAUGAACUGGAAAAUCUACAGAGUUGUUAAGGUUCAGAUCAUACUUCCUUUCAAGUACUCUGGGAGCCUAACGUGAUACUGGUCUGCAAGUUUAAGGACCAUGAGUGGCAAGAAUUAAAGAUAAUGGCAACUUUUCCUUUCCUUCUGUCUUCUUCUGAUUUGGUCGCAAGUAUGAGCUGUUGAGGAUUAAAGCGAUGCCCAUGACUCCAUAACGCCAAGCACCCUCAGCUUUUGUGAUGUGACGGAUCAGCCCCCCUUUUUUCUUCUCUGACGUCGCACUCUCACUGUUUUCAUGAGGUGAACAUAUUUGAAACGGGACUCUCUGCAACACUGGGUUGUGUGGUAUUGCUCCACCAUUUUUUUUUCUUUCUUGGUGUGUGCAUCUUUAACUUACGAUGAGUUUGUAAAAGGAGUUUCUGAGCUUCAGAGCAAGCACAGUGUGCUGCUGCCACAGCCUUCCAGAUAAAAAGACUGGUCCAGAACUCUGUUUCCUGAGAAUACUGUCAAUCUGAAUGCACUCUGUUACAAUCAGUGAAUUAAAGGUGUCCUGGAUAAAAAGUCAGGCAUCUCUAUUCAACUACAGCUUGCUUUCCCUGUCUUGUUCUUCCACUGCUAGUCCUGUUGAUCAAAAUUACCAGCUCUCCUUGCUUUACCACUACAACCAUCUUCCAAAUUAAUACAAGGGCAUACAACCAUCCCCUCAAACACUGUACCAUCCUGGAACUGAUCUGUGGCAAGCUUCUGUUGUCCUGUGGCUGCUGCCUGGUUGCACAGCAGAAGCUGUGUGAGAGGAUUGGUUGGGCUGACUGCACAAACCGAGCCAAGGACAGGGCCACUGGACUACAGAGCUUACGACUCUGGGUUCAGGCCAUGAGGUUUGAUGCCUCGAUCAACUGACGGGAGACACUGGACCUAAAUGGCGCAGCAUGACUUUGUUCCUGCCUGGCUUAACUUCUCCACGCCCCAGCCUGCCAAGUCCCCUGCAGCCCCCCUUGAAAAGCAUGGAGAGCACUUUCCACGUGGAGAUGGCCGGCCGGGAGUGAAUCGCCGCAGACACAACUCCUCUGAUGGUUUCUUCAACAAUGACCCGCUUAGAGCUCCCGGAGGUGAUGGGUGGCUGCAGCCGUCUCUGUUGAGGCAUGAUUCAGUGGACUCGGGUGUAGCUAAAGGUAACCAGGGCGGCUUAGGCAGCGGACAUGGGUGGAAAGAGACCCCCAGCUGGCAUGGGGCCCCUCGGGGCCAGGAGGGCCCUCACCAUCACCAUGUCCGUCAUAAACGUGGAGGAGGAGACAGGGAUAGGCAGGGGGGCCAUCGACAGCGCAACGGCAACUUCCAUUCCCGAAAGGGGGGUUCCUUCCAGGACCGUUACUCUGACGAAGAGCGAAACGAUGACAAGCUUAAGUUUGUUGAAGAGGAUUUUCCCUCCCUGAAUCCUGAGAUGACUGGAAAGCCAGCAAGUCAGGCUCGAGCUGUGGGAACUCCAGCAGGCGUGUGGGAAAACCCUCCCAGCGCUAAGCAGGCUAUGUCUAAGAUGCUGGUCAUUAAGAAAGUGUCUAAGGAGGACCCCAGUGCUGCAUUCUCUGCUGGCUUUGCCAGUGCUGGUCCUUUGCCUGCUAAUGGCUCCAAAGUCCCCAUUACUGGACCCAGUGUCUACAAGAAUUUGGUCCCCAAACCUGCUACUGCCCCAACUAAGACUGGCCCAUGGAAACCCAAUGGAAGGGAAACUAAAGUGGGUUUGCAUUUCUCUGGUCGGGAUUCAGCCUUCACCAGCCCUGUGUCUGUGACCAAACCCAUGACACCUGUCAUCGCACCACCCCAUGGCACUCCUAAAGAGCCACCUUCCAGCACUACCCCUCCUAUAGACAUCACUCCUCCCCGACUGAAGCUGAUGCGCCGCAGCACAGACCGUAAGAGCGAGUUCUUGCGUGGGCUGAAAGACGAAAGAAAUGGAGAGGUGAGCGGCUGCCACAGCCCUGGAACUCCAGCAGAGGGUGAAGGCAGUACUCCUGAGCCGAAAGAGUAUGGAGAAAGUCAUGAAAACGGCAUGUCUCAUUCUCUGAGUGACUCAGACACUGAGCACCUCUCCAGUUCACUGGAGGCUGAGCACAGGUUGCUGAAAGCAAUGGGUUGGCAGGAGUAUCCAGAGAAUGAUGACAGCUUUCAGCCUCUCACAGAAGAUGAGCUCAAAGAAUUUCAGGCCAAGACUGAGCAGCUGAAGAAGAACGGCCUGGGGCGUAAUGGUGUGCUUCUGAAGCCUCGAGGUGUGGAUCUGCGGGCCUGGAGGAACACCCCGAACCCUGGCCUAGAUGAAGGCUCGGAGUCUGAGACCAGCAGUAGCAGCCAGACUUCUGACGACGAAGAUACCUAAUGUGGCUUUAAAAACUCCCCCAUUCUCUUCCUCUAUUGCUCAUAUUUGCUCUCUUGCUCUCUCGUUAUCUCUAUCUUCCGUCACACCUUUUAUUUCAAACGAAAAAAAAAAAAAGAAAACGAGUGAAAAAUUUGUUUUCAUGGACGAGGGACAUCAAUCAUAUCCCGUUGAGAGAGAACACUCAGUUGACCUCAUGGGCAGUUUUUUUUUUUUUUUUUUUUUUUAAGUUUCUUUUCUUUUUUUUCCCCCCCUUUCCCCCCCUCCUGUUCUCCCCUGUUUUUCCAUUUAUCCCAAACUAGAAAUGUCUAAGAAAAGCCACACACAUCCCCCCACCAGUUUUAUUUUUUUGUUUUUGCUUGGGAAAAAAAAGACUAACUCAUAAUUACACCAAUUAUAACCGUGAUUUAACGUGAAAUAUGACUUCAUCUGAAUGUUCUAUAAAAUGGCUUUGACACAUUUUCUCAAAUAUUUUUCCUUUUUGCGAAAACAAUUCGUAGCAUUAGUGUUAAGACGAAACAAUCAUUGUGAGCCACUGACAGCGGCAUUGCUCCCAGUCCCUCAUCAAAAUGAUCUCCAGCCAGUUGUCUGUGCUGCAAGGAAGCACUAAAGUAAGCCCCCAACAAAAUGACCUUUCUGGUGCAGUUUGGCAGCUAAGAUUUUGUUUGACUCAAACUGAACUGGUUCCACUCUUUUCACUCUGCUUUUUGAACUAGUUGUAACCACAUUUCACUGCAAGUUAUGAGAGUGUACUUUCAAAAGUGGAAAGAUAGGUUUGAAUAUGUAGCUUUUAUAAGGGUAUGUCCUUGCCUAGGUUGUUAAGGUAAUAAAGGUAAUGGUCACAGUAAAGGGUUUAAUGAGUUAGAGGAGACGUUAUUGGGGAUACAGCAGCAAUAGAAGUUCACUGACCUAUGGUUUCUCUCUGGAUGAACUCACCUUCACAGACACACUGUCUUUUUCACUCUUUCAGCGCAUUAAAAUAAAAUGAAUACAAAAUGACCGCAUCUCCUACAUCAACUAGGAUUGAUUUUUGAUUUUGAGCUUCCAGAGUCUUAGAUGGUUCUUCUUGUUCUGUGUGAAAUGGAGUCGCACUGUACUGUUUUCAGUGUGAAGCCUCUUCAGAAGAAAACAAAUUUGAUGUUCUCCUGCAGCCUAAGGCUCUUGGAAUGUAGCCUUUAAGGCUGAAAUUCUAUAAAUGAAUAUUGCUGUAACUAUGAGAUGAAUUUGAGGGGAGUAUUCAUGAGUCAGGCACAUUUUGAAGUUUGUUUUCCUUGUACUCCACUGGCAAGACAUAACCCUUCUAAUUCUUUUUCUGAUUGGCCUUUUGGUAAAUAAGAAUAGGUCUGAGGCAAAGAAAUUUCUCUACUGGUUCUGAUUUGUUUUUUCUAAAACGCAAAGAAUCUGUUGACAGAUCUGUUAACGACAAAGCUAGACUGUGUAUCCCUACAGCUACUAGAACAGUUGAUUGUCAUCUAGUAAAGUUCUGCAUUUCAUGAGGGACUGCUGGUGGAAAUUAUGCAUCUCCAUUUUUUUGUACCUUGUUUUUGCUGAUAGGGUAUAAAAAGGCUUUAUUACAGAUUUAAGUUUCUUUUUUUAUUUUGGUACAGCUGUAAAAAAUCCCACAUAAAUAGUUUUUCUUCUUUUGUUUGCAUUAUGUUGUUCCUGCAGCCUUGAUAUUCAGGGUGGAUUGUAAAAAAUAUAAGAAUAAAAAUUGUGAGUUUUGGAAGAUUAAAA